AUGCUUACCAACCACACCGAAAUAGACCGUAUCGCUACCAGUCUCGCAACGGAGGGAAUCACAUGGCACAUGAUACCCCCACGUGCCCCAAAUUUCGGUGGCCUCUGGGAGGCAGCCGUGAAGGUGGCCAAACGUCACCUCGUUCGUCAAUUGGGCAACACCGUAUUGUUCUACGAAGACUUGCUGACGAUUCUAGCGCAGAUAGAGAGCUGUAUGAAUUCCCGCCCGCUUGUUUCUCUAUCGGAGGAUCCCAACGAUCUGCACGCCCUAACGCCGGGGCGUUUUCUUUUCGUCCAGCAGAAAGUUCAGCACUUUUGGUACCGCUGGAGAAACGAGUACCUGAAAGAACUACAACGACAAGCUACCGUAAACCCAGAAAAAGUCAACCUUAAGGUUGGCCAGGUGGUGAUCCUGCAAGACCAGCUUUUAUCUCUAACGCGGUGGUCAUUGGCUCGAGUUGAAGAAAUUUUUCCUGAAAAAGACGACGUUUCACGAGUGGUGGUUCUGCGAACACCGUCCGGAACUUACAGGCGACCCGCCUACAAGGUGUGUCCGUUACCUGAUACGUUCGACGAGGAUGAAGAAGUCAGCGCAACCCUCAACCAAGCUGACGACAUCAUUUGUUCAUCAAAUUAG